UCAAAUGUCACAUGCUAUUCACUACAGGAGUUAAAAGCUAAAGAUGAUCAGUAUGUCAAAGAUUUGAAGAAACAAGCUGAGGAUAUUGAUCUGAUGAUUGAACGUAUGGAAGAACAAGUGAAAAAUUUAACAAGAUCAUAUAGAGAAGAACUCAAUCAAAUUGAGAAAAGCUUUGAUGCUGAGAGGAAUGAUUUAUUAGAGAGUAAUAAAAAGAAAUGGGAGCAAACAAUGCAAGGAAGGAGAGAUAAAGAAAUUGAUAAUAUGAAAGCACGAGAGAAGCGUGUGGAUGAUUAUGAACAACAAAUACAACAUCUGAGAACACAAGAUGCAGAGGAAUAUAAUAUGGUGAAGAUCAAACUAGAAACUGAUGU